GAUUCCAGCCAAGACUCCCAGCAUUUUCUGCCAAACUCUUUGUCAGAUUUAAGACAUAUGCUCCGGCAAAUUUCUUGAAGCUUAUGAAAAAGUUUUAAUCCGUAGUUGGGUUCCAGCCUGCUGUAGCUGCAAGUGUCUGUGGUCAUACCACCUCCUUAUAAAGCAGCUAGAACCUAGAGCCUAUAGGGUAGGGUUUUUUUUUUCUUCCUCAACUUUCUGGAUAAGAAAUGUCUGUAGAGUGAUUUCUAGCUUCAAGUGGAAGACAUGGCCACCUCCUGAUAAUUUUUGCAGUGGGAAACUUUGAAAUAUUUUUUGUCUCUUUCUCCCAUACUAAGAUUGUGUAUAGCAGAGUCCCUUGACUAACUCGAGCCCUUUCAUUGGAUUUUGAUUACAACUGAUCAUGUGAUUUCUUUCUCCAUGUAAAGUUUUGGGGCUUCAAACUUUGCUUCUGGAGAAUGCCUUUUGCAACACUUUUCAGUAGCUGCCUGGAAACCACUGCUUAGUCAUCAGUAGAUGUUUAAAAUAUUCAAAAUGUAUGGAGAGUGGGCAGUUGUGAAUAUUUUCAUCAUGUUCUACGUGUACCUGGUGCAGGGCUUCAAUAGUGAACAUGGAGCAGUGAAGGUAGGAUUUUUCUUUUGAGCGAUCAUCCCGGUCCAUGUUGGAACGUUCUGAACAACAGAUCCGAGCAGCUUCCAGUUUGGAGGAGUUGCUGCAAAUCGCGAACUCUGAGGACUGGAAGUUGUGGCGAUGCCGGUUGAAGCUCAAAAGUCUUACCAGUAUGGACUCUCGCUCAACAUCCCAUCGCUCCACCAGAUUUGCGGCAACUUUCUAUGACACUGAAACACUAAAAGUUAUAGAUGAAGAAUGGCAGAGGACCCAAUGCAGCCCUCGAGAAACAUGCGUAGAAGUCGCUAGUGAGCUGGGGAAGACAACCAACACAUUCUUCAAGCCCCCCUGUGUAAAUGUCUUCCGGUGUGGAGGCUGCUGCAACGAAGAGAGUGUGAUGUGUAUGAACACAAGCACCUCCUACAUCUCCAAACAGCUCUUUGAGAUAUCAGUGCCUCUGACAUCAGUGCCCGAGUUAGUGCCUGUUAAAAUUGCCAACCAUACGGGUUGUAAGUGCUUGCCCACGGGGCCCCGCCAUCCUUACUCAAUUAUCAGAAGAUCCAUUCAGAUCCCAGAAGAAGAUCAAUGUCCCCAUUCCAAGAAACUCUGUCCUAUUGACAUGCUGUGGGAUAACACCAAAUGUAAAUGUGUUUUACAAGAUGAGAGUCCACUGCCUGAGACAGAAGACCACUCUUACCUCCAGGAACCAGCUCUCUGUGGACCACACAUGAUGUUUGAUGAAGAUCGCUGUGAGUGCGUCUGUAAAGCACCUUGUCCUGGUGAUCUCAUUCAGCACCCAGAAAACUGCAGUUGCUUUGAAUGCAAAGAAAGUCUGGAGAGCUGCUGCCAAAAGCACAAGAUUUUUCACCCAGACACCUGCAGGGUCUCAGGAAUUACAGACCUGUACUGCCAUGCCUGCCAUUAUGCUAUCAUGAGCAAAAAAAGAAGCCACUGACAUUUAAACGGGGUUAAGGGAAGUUCCUCUCUCUCUCUCUCUCUCUCUCUCUCUCUCUCUCUCUCUCUCUCUCUCUUUUGGCAAGAAACUUAAGGAUGACUACAACCCUUGGAGGCCAUUGAUUGGAUUUUGAUCAAUUUCACAAUCUACCCAAACUAACUACUGAGAUUUUUAAAGAUUGAUUCAAUUUGUUCUUUGACAAUUUCAUACACAUAUAAAAAUGCAUUCUAAUUACCUUUACUCCUACACUCUCAACUCCAGCCUAUUCCUGACAACUCAUUUCCUCCUUACUCAUCUUUCCCAUUCUCAAGUCUCUUAGUUUUUUUGUUUUUUUUUUGUUUUUUUUGGUUUUUUGUUUUUUAUGGUUUUGACCCAAUAAAUGAAGUCAGAGCCAUCUGUUUGGAACUAUAUGUCAGAGCUUGUUUGGCUCACCCACCAAUAGGACCACAACUGCAGACAAUGACUCCCUCGUCUUCCAGAUUCUGCCAGUAGCUUACAGUUCGUUGCCCUCACCCCCAAUGAGUCCCUCCCAAAUUCAUAAUUAAUUGUUGAGAAGUUUGGCCUCCUGUAGGCCUAGGGCAGUUCAUCCCAGCAGUGUGAGUCCCUGCUUGCAAAGUCUGCGAGAAGAUGGUGUUUCCUAGCCCUUCUGUCUGUCUUCUGAUUCUUACAUUUUCCCCAGUCCCUCUUCUGUUGUGUCGGAGCCUCACAGGAGGUGGUAUCAACAUCUUUGUUAGGGCUGACUCCUCAGCCAGUAGAGUGCCCACGUAGAAUAUUACAUUGAUACCUUACAUCCAUGUCUGGAAAUUUUUCUUUGCAAACAAUUAAGUGAAAUCAGAACUGAAUGACGUAUCUGAAGUUGAUCCUUGCUUCUAAAGUCUCAUCUUCACUUUUUUUUUUGCGACAGCUGUGAGGACAGAUGUCCUUUUCACACCAGAACAUGUGCAAGUAGAAAGCCAGCCUGUGGAAAGCACUGGUGCUUUCCAAAGGAGACAAGGGCCCAGGGGCUCCACAGCUAAGAGAAUCCUUGAUUCAAAUUCCUUCCAAGUUCCCCCAUUCCUGUCAUUUUAAACAGCACUCUGCUUUGUCAAGUUGCUGUCACUGUUGCCCACCCCUGUUCCAGGAGUUAGAAAAUAUGAUUUUACCUGGUACACUUCCAUGCAAUAGCAGCUGGGUGAUUCCCCAGUUCGCUAACAAAUGACUUGUAGCUUCAGAUGCCUCUGUGCACCUGCGCUCAGAAAGGAAAGGGUCUGAGAAGCCCCUGGUUUGGAUGAAUGAGAAAAGGUUGUCUGAAACAGAGUAGUAGGUGCCAUGUGAUUGAUUCUUCCACCUGGCAAAGCCUAAGUGCCAUGCUUGUGAGUUAUUCUGCUUCUUUCUUAUGCGGAAUUUCAUUUGUAUGAUCAACACUGUUGCAAUUCCCAUUCAGCUUGUACUUUUCAAGUUUACGGAACCACUGCCUGAUGUUUUAUAUUUAAAUGUAUUUAAAGGAAAUAAACACUGUUACACAA